AUGUUUGCGUUCAACAUUGAUGAAUUCCAUGCAAUCAAUGCCACCUGCAAAGGGCAGAAUAGCAAACACAAGCAUGCUGCGUGGGGUUACAACCGAAAAACCAAGUCAUUUGCCACUGCAGAAGAAACAGCAUACCCCAUGGGGCUUUCGAAGAUGAUUGCAAUGGUCAUUGUGCGCUGCUUGAUCCGAUUGGGCAUUCAAGCCAAUCCGGAGACAUUGGAGGCAAUUCAACCUGUGUCCCUCCAAGCGUUACAAAAGAUGAGAGCAGCGACAGGAACCCAGUCGAGAUCUAGCAGGAUUCCAGCGCUGGUGCCAACAUACCAGACGCGUUUUCGACUGGCAGGGACGGAAGAUGACCUCCCGAGUGCACAUCUUUUUCAACGGCUGCGGGAUGAUGUCACCAUUGCCUCCAACCCAUUGCAAGUUCUACCUAAAGGUUCCAAACUUCUUGCAAUUACCCCGGCUGACAGCCUUGUAACGGGGGAUGAUGAGUUUUCGCAGCCGGAGGUAUUCAAGCUCAGUGCACCUGAUACAAAUGAUGCGCCCCAACUCCUGCAAACAUGGGGCAUUCCCUGGAAACCAGAGCAGUUUGUUGAUCAGGUGGUACAAGCUGGGCACCCAAUGGACAUGGCGACCUUUUUGCCAGCCAGGUUGAAAGCGCUGUUGGAGACCUAUAAAUGCAAAGACUGCGACAAGAGGAACAGUGACAGGUUGUCAGCAAUGCAGUUUUGGUUGAAGCGUGCUCUGGACCUCAAGCAAUCAGAGCGCGAGCUGCAUGAGAGCCUCCACCCUGGCGUUGCACAAGUGCUGAAUGGGAAGCGUAUUUUACUUUGGCGACAGAUGCUUGAAUCAAUUGAGUAUGAGGACAUGGGUGUUGUGGAGGAAUUCUCAGCUGGAACCCCUUUGACUGGGGAAUCGCAGGUGACAGGGCUAUGGCCCAAGAAGUUCAGGCCAGCAUCCAUGACGGCAUCUGACUUGGAGAAGGUGGCUUCAGCUCAAAGGCCGCUGCUUACAUAUCAAUCUUUUGAGUUCAUGGACGCCGACAUCAUAGCAGCAGUUUGGCAACAGUCACAGGAUGAGGUGGCAGCAGGUGAGCUUGAAGGCCCCUUCGACAUUGAGGACCUGCCCCUUACGUUUCCUCUGAGCAAGAGGUUCGGCAUCAAGCAGUCCUCGAAGAUCCGAUGUGUGGAUGACUUCACACAAUCAUCCAUCAAUGCCUGUGCACAGACUUGUGAAUCGCCGAAGCCUCACACCGUGGACAUCCUGUGCAGCAUGUGCCUGGGCCUCAUGGGCAUAUCAGGAGAUGGAACUGUUUGGCAGGCCCGCAGCUUUGACCUCAAACGGGCGUACAGGCAGUGUGCAAUACGUCCAGACCAUGCUUGCCACAGUUUCAUCGCAGUAGCAAAUCCAGAAGCCCAGCAGGUGAAAUGCUUCAAAAUGCGUGCGUUACCAUUUGGCAGUGUAAUGUCUGUACAUUCAUUUUUGCGUGUGGCACACAGUCUGUGGGCGAUCCUUGUGACAAUUUUCAAUGUCUACAUCUCGAAUUAUUUCGACGAUUUUGUGGCGCUGGCUGCGGUGCCCGAAACACAGACUGUUACAGCCGCAGUUAGCAUGGCCUUCAAGGUGCUUGGUUGGGCUUUUGCCGAAACAGGUGACAAGGCGCCGCCUUUUGCUUCACUGGUGACGGCCUUGGGUGUCACGAUCGACGUUUCAUCAUUGCAUUGCGGCACCGUGACCAUAGACAACACCCCGAACCGCAAGAUGGAGAUCUCAGCGAUGCUACAGCAGGUGCUUGAGCAAGGGUCUCUUCCUCGCCAAGAAGCACUCAAACUUCGGGGACGGCUGCAGUUUGUGGCUGGCCAGAUUUUCGGCCGGGUGGCAAAGAGGUGCCUUGCCAUUGUUACGCAACAUGCGUACGGUGAACAUGGGCCGAUGAUAUCAGACGAGGCCCGGCAAGCACUUCAACUUUUUCAUCAACUCAUCAACAUGGAUGUGCCCCGCACCUUAUCAUUGACGAACGCUGCAACGUGGUUCAUUUUCACAGAUGCUUCAUAUGAACCUCAGCAGAUGUCAGCAGUUGCAGGCAUUGGUGCUGUGCUUGUGGAUCAACUUGGAAAUCGAUGUGGAUUUAUUUCAUUGUUUUUGGACGAAGGCAUGCUUGAACGUUUGAAUGCAACAAACAGGAAGACGAUCAUCUUUGAAUGCGAACUUUUUGCAAUUUUCAUAUCAAUGUACUGCUGGAGGAAGCGGCUUUGCAAUUCACAGGUUGAUGUGUGCACAGACAAUGAUGGUGUGAAAGAUGUCUUGAUUGCGUGCCAGACCUCAAGCGUGAAUGCCAGCCCAAUCCUUUGCGCGAUUUUACAACUUGAAUUUGAUUUGAGGUGGAACGCAUGGUUCAGCAGAGUGGACAUGGACAAGCUUUGGACAACCCUGCUGGAACUUUCUACGAGGGGAGGCUUUGACCAGCAACGUGUUGCAUCCGAUCUCUUGGCUGAGCUCCCAAGCGACCUGCCCAAGGGCCUGUCGUUGGUGCUGGCCGCGCGGCAAGGGCAACAGCACCUGGUGGAUGCGCUUUUGAGCAGCCGGGUGGAGGUUGACUCUCGUGACCCCCACGGCGGCACUGCUUUGCUGCGUGCCGUUCAGCUGGGUAUCGGCGCGCGGCCGACGAUCCAACGGCUGCUGGAGGCCAGCGCUGAGGUCGGCGCCCUGAGCGAUUUUGGUGAGACACCUCUUAGCGAAGCAGCCAGUUCCGGUUCCGUGGAACUUCUGCAAAGUCUCCUGGACGCCUCUCGGCUUGUGCCGCCUCCCAGCCUUCUGGGCGCGGCCUUGGCGAAGGCAGCGGAGGCCAAGCAGCGCGGCACCACGCGAUUACUGCUGGAGCAGAAGGCUCCACCGUUGCUGGAAGCCCUUUUCGGCUGGAUCGACUGCGCAGAUUUGGAGAUGAUGACGGCGCUUUUGGAGCGAAAGGCCUCAGUCAACGAGCGCCGUGAGCACGACGGCGAGACGGCACUGGUGGCAGCUUCGGCUUCGCGUCCAGAGGUGGUGCUGCUGCUCUGUCAGUGGAAGGCGGAGGUGAACGCAGUGAACCGCAAGGGCGUGGCGCCACUGGUGGCCGCUUGCUCCGCGAGCCGCGAGGCUGUGGUGGAGGCCUUGCUGAACUGCCGCGCGGCGCCGGACGUGCCAGAGUCCAGCAUGUCUCCCUUGGUGGCUGCUGCCCUCGCCGGCAACUGCGCUGUCGCGCAACGGCUCCUGGCGGCUUCCGCCACGGCGGAGGCCGUGGAUGCCCAGGGGCGCACAGCGCUAGCGGCGGCGGCGGCAACGGGGAGUGGGCAGUUGUGUCAUCUCCUCCUGGCUGCACGGUGUGAUCCCAACUGUGCGGGCGGCGCAGCCGGUGCGGCCGGGGCGCCGCCCUUGGCGAUUGCUGUGGCGGCACAGCACACGGCUUUGGCGGUGCAGCUCUUGGCUGCGCGCGCGGACGUGGAGCAGCUGAGCGAGCGGAAGCAGAGUCCUCUGAUGAUGGCGGCGGCCGCGGGGAACCUGGAGAUGUGUCGGAAAUUGCUGGAGGCCGGUGCGUCUCCCAAUGCUGUGGACGCAGAAGAUGCCAAGAGCCCGUUGGUGCUCAGCGCCUCCGUGGGCCAUCGAGAGAUUUGCCAAGUGCUGUUGGAAGCUAAGGCUCUGGUGAACAGUGGCUCGGUCACUGCGCUCCAUGCAGCGGCAGCCAAUGGACACGAAGAGGUUUGUCGCGACCUCCUGUCCGCCCGCGCCAACCUCAGUGCCCUGGGCCCACAGCAGCGCACUGCCGCGCAGGCAGCGCAGCGCGCCGGCUACGCCGCGCUGUCAGAGCUUCUAAGUUCGCCGUACAAAUGGGUUCCCUGGGGGUGGAGCUACGAAACCAUGAAAACUGCAGCCAAAGGUUGGAGGAUUUCACAUGAUGUCGUGCGAGUCCAGUUAAUUCAUGUUAAUUACUUCCCUUUACUUGUACCGUGUAACAUAAUAUAUCACUUGUGUCACUUGAGUGAUCAACAUUUCAAUUGA